AGGUUUUGGUCCUCCUAGUGGCCAGUUUGCCCGACAGAUGAUCAGUUUUUGGUUCGCGGCUUCUCCUUCAACAUCUGCUCCUCUCGAGAAAACGCUAUUCCAGGAACUUCGAAAGGUUCGCCAAGCAGAAAACAAGCACGGGGGCGGAAGUGAGUUUCGACGCUUCUCCGACCGAACAGAGAGAGAAUCUGGUCUAAUCUUAAGGAUUUGAGUUGGUUUGGAAGAAGAUAGAAAAAUUAGUCAACAUGUCGAACAUAAUUCGUUUGGUAGUCAACAACUACAAUGAAAUCUUGGAGGCUAACAAAGAAAUAAUGGUAGAUUCCUGGCCAAUGAUGAGCUCCCCAGGACCUAUGCUGUGCAUCGUUGGAACCUACUUAGCGUUCGUUUUAAAAGUUGGACCGAAAAUGAUGGAAAAGAGGCCGGCAUUUCAAUUAAAAAACGUGCUGAUCCUUUACAACGCGAUCCAAGUGCUUUUCAGUAUCUGGUUGACGCGUAAAGCUUUCGAACCGGGUGUUGCAUCCCUCAUACUCUCACCUAAAUGCAAUAACGCGAAUCGGCCACUUACGGAUUUGGGAAUUCAAACCACGGUGACAAAAGCUGCCUGGUGGUAUUUCAUCGCAAAAUUAGUAGAACUACUCGAUACAGUAUUCUUCGUUCUCCGAAAAAAACAAAACCAAGUGACUUUUCUACACGUGUACCACCAUACGCUGACCGCGGUAUUCUCAUGGUGCUAUCUGAAAUUUCUCCCCGGAGAGCAAGGUGCUCUAAUUGGUUUCUUGAAUACCUUCGUGCACAUUGUCAUGUACUCAUACUACCUGAUAGCAGCUCUUGGCCCGCAAUACAAGAAAUACUUGUGGUGGAAGAAAUACAUGACCUGGAUCCAGCUGGUGCAGUUCUUCCUGAUGCUCGGCUACCAAGUGAUGAUUCUUGCGAUGGAUUGCAAAGUACCAAAGGCUCUUACGUAUUUCUUUAUUGCCAACACGAUAAUCUUCAUCUACUUGUUCGGCAACUUUUAUCGAAAGUCGUACACGAAGAAGCAAGUUUAAUAUCUUCUAAAAUCAUCAAUGUGACGCCUUCGUCGAUCGAAAUGGUGAAUGAACGAAAAUCGGAAGUCAUCCGACCUAAAGAUAAAAACUUAAAAAAGAAAAAAAAAGAAAACGGUAAAGGAAAAAGAA